AUGGGUCCUCAAGUUGACGUCCAAGGGAUGCUGUUUGUAGGGCGGCCUAUAGCCCAGAAGCUUACUCGUACCCUCAAUCUCGAUCUUCUCGUCAACGAAGACUAUCUGAAGGAAGUCUCUUGGUUCUUCCAGUGCAUACGUCGAGGGAUCACAAAGCUGAAGACCUACUAUGCUCAGCUGCGCAGGGUCGACGAACCGUUUGACGAGAAUUUCUACCCUGUGCACACCCAAAUCGCCAUCAAGAAAGAUUCGGUAGACUUCAUCGCGAAGAUUCAGUACGAUGGGUGGCCUGAGAUAAAUGAAGAUAACCUUGGCACUCGACCCGUCUUCUCUGGCAUCAUGACUGUUGAAGGACAGGAGCCGGAAGCGUGCAUCAUCAAAUUUGUCGAUCUGUAUGGCAUCGCCGUGCAGGAGCAUAUCGUGACCACUCUGGGUGCCGCUCCAAAAAUCUACGGCGUCCAACGGCUGUCCCCAACUUUGCAGAUGGUGGUCAUGGAGAAGAUAGCAGACGGUGAACGAUUGAUAGAAUUAGGGCACGUUACGGAACAGCGCUGGAACAACAUCAAGGCACAGCUUAGGGAGCUGGCAGAAGUCCUCAAGGCUGCCAACUUCGUGCAUGGUGACAUUCGUUCUCCGAAUAUUCUUCUCACACCGGACGACCGCGUCAAACUGAUUGAUUUUGAUACAGCGGGAAAGGAGGGAGAAGUAUUCUAUCCCGCCAAUAUCAACAUGAUGAUUGAUUGGCCCGAAGGAGUAGGGCCUGGCAAACUCAUCAGAACCGUCCACGAUCAAGUCAUGAUCGCUCGUUUGGCAGAUUUCAACUUUAGCUAAGUGUCAUCGACGAAGCGGCCAUUGCUAGUUCAUUGACAGAAGACUGCCCUUUGAGACUUUCCACUCAAUGGAUUCUCGUGAAUGUUGCUAUGCAAUAUUACGUAUAGGACUUAAUAUGUACAGUACCA